ACGAAGCAAGCGGAGUCCGUGAGUUUGUUGCAGUCUCUAUCCCAUCAAGUUAAUCAGGGCUGAACUUUCCCUUUCAACCACGCCCAUUUCGUUUCCGACAACAUCAUCCAUAAUCAUCUUAAAGAUGGCGCAAGACAACAAUGCCAUCGCUAUGUCACCGACCGACCCGACAGCUCCUCCAUCGAAUGAUGCAACACAACAAGAUGGAUCUCCGCUAUCUUACCAAUCCAUCUUUGGCAAGAUCAAGAGUGAGAAAGAGAAGAACGCCAGUCCGCUCGGUUUCAUCGGAUCUGUCGUCAAGAUCCUCCUCGACACAUUCAUCGUGACAUUAUUUAUGGCAUUAAUGCUCGCCAUUCCCAUUACAAUGGUCGCAAUUGGAGCCGUAUAUCUGGACGACUGCCCCGCAGAAAGAUUUAUCCCUAUCUAUUUGAUCACCAUGGGGGCGGCUUACAUAGUAAAGUUAUUGAUCGAUCUGAAGGGGAGGGCUCAACGCUCUAGACUUCCUCAAGAAGAACAGGCCUUCUUCGAACCCAACAAAGUGGAGGGUGGACUCAGCCAUCUCAUCGGAGUAUUCUGCUUCGCAUUUUUCAUCGCCGGAAAUGUAUGGAUCUAUCGGAUCUACAAGCCCAACACCACGGUCAUUUCUGAUGCUGACUACUGCCACCCGACGCUCUACUACUUCGCCUUCUGGGUGACCACUGUCUGCUACAUCAUCGCGGCUUCUUCUGCUUAUGUGGCAGCUGUAUGGGCGGCCUGUCCAGCUGCGGCGCCAUGGCCACUUCGGAUUAUGAUAUCGAAGAUGAUAUAUGAUGCUGUUAUUGAUGGUGAUGACGACGAUGAUUCCUGCACAUAAUUCUGUAUAUUGUGGCAUCAUACUUAUACCCCCCAAAACGCAGUUAGUACAGUGUAGUGCGUCUAUCAUGUCGCAUGGUGCUACCUAGUUAUUCCCCAACCCUUUUAUUUAUCAACUUUUCUGGAUACGCCAUUGGUUUUCGAUAAUGUAUUGAAAUGUUGGUGGGUGUUUCUUUUUUUGGAGGGGGUGGGGCAUAUGUAAUUUUACCCAAUGCUGGAUAAUAUGCCACUGAUAAUUAAAUUAACAA